AUGGAGAAGCCUAAGGACCCGAAACCCAGCCGGUUCUACACAUGCAACAAGGAGGAUGGCAAAAUCGGCGAAAAGGCUCCUGAAAUCCUGACGCUGACACUGCCAUUGAAUAAAGUCAGCGACAAGGCGGUCAUAACCGGAGGCGCCGGUUAUCUCGGCUUUACGCUCGGCUGCGCUCUUGCUAAAUCGGGAACCAAAGUCAUUUUGUACGAUUUUAAUCCGCCGAUUUGGGACAUUCCAAAAGGAAUAAUAUUGAUCAGGUCGGACGUGAGAAACUUUAGUGAUUUGUAUUCAGCCUGCGAAGGUGUGGAUUGUCUCAUCCAUGCAGCCUCGUAUGGGAAGACCGGCAUACAACAACUGCGCAGGAAACACAUUCGGUCGGUUAACAUCGGAGGGACCGGAAUCAUCCUUGAAGUUUGCAAGCGGCGAAGGAUCCCCAGGUUGAUCUACACCAGUACAGUCAAUGUGGUCUUUGCAGGAGAAACGAUUGUGGAUGGCGAUGAAGCGACCGUCUCCUAUGUUCCUUUAGAGCAGCAAGUUAAUGAAUAUUCCCGGACGAAAGCAAUCGCAGAACAAAUGGUCUUGACGGCUAAUGGAUCACCCCUACCAGGAGGAGGGAAGUUACACACAUGUGCAAUCCGCCCUCCUGGAAUUUAUGGACCGGAAGAGCUGCAGCAUUUGUCUCGGUUGGCCCUCAAUAUGGAAAGAGGUUUUUUUAAUGUCCAUUUCGGCGAUUCGGGAGUCCUGACGAACUGGGUACACGUGAAAAAUCUGGUCCAAGCCCACAUCCUUGCGGCCAAGGCUCUCACUCCCGAAAUGGACUAUAUCGCGGGUGGCCAGGCGUACUUUAUCAACGACGGGGAAGAAGUCAACCAGUUUGAGUGGCUCUUGCCCUUGUUCGAAAGACUGGGCUACCAAAAUCCCUGGAUCCAUAUUCCUGUUUUUCUGGUUCAUCUAACAGCUGUCGUCGUGGAAAAAGUGCAAAAUCUGUUGUUCCCCAUCGUGGAAAUCCCACCCCUGAUCACCAGAAAUGAAGUGCACAAUAUGUAUGUCACAAACACCUUCAAAAUUGAUAAAGCUCAGGCCCACCUCGGCUACGUCCCGAAAAAGUACUCGUUGGCCGACUGCGUGGAUCACUUUUUGAAGAAGGGACCUCGGCCUAGGAACUUUUUCUUACAAAAAUGCCUUUUUCUACUAGUCCUCCUCACAGGGAUAAUCACGCUGUCUGUGAAAUUCACCCAAGUCCGAGAUUUUCUGCUAGAUUCCUAG